GCGCCGCAUGCUAAAUCCACAGACACGAAACUCUGUGAUAACCGUCAUUAAGUAACUCGGCGGUUGACUUUACCCGCUUGGAUUAGCAACGAAAACCAGCGAUUUGCCGUUUAGACCAAACCGAUUAUAGUCGAGACGACCUCCCCUCCUGACAGAUUGUCACUGGGGGAAAUCCUUACGAUGGGAGCGAGAAUGCCCUCUCCGCAUCAAAGAUUCUUCAGCAUGAGGAACCCCUUCUCGCGAUGCGUUCUCUUCGCUGUCGCGUUACUAGUAUUACUUGUCGUUACAUGGAAAUCCGACCGUAUAGAAGAUGUCGGCUCGCGAAUCGUGAAAGCCGCAUCUACCCAUAAAGGGGCUGAUGCUCCGCAACAACCUCUUAGUGAAGCAGCACCCGCAAAUGACAAGGAUAUUGCGCCUGUGUCAGACCAUGUCAUGGAUUGCGGCAUCAACUCAACUCACAUGGGUGAACUGAAGGCAAAAUAUGAGCUUGGGGAUACUUUCCAGUAUUACAAACGAUAUGUCAAGAUCAACCGCCAGCCGAUAAGUCGAAAGUCAAUCACCAAGCUUCCCCAGGCAUUCCUUCCUGAUACUUUUACUACCGUCGAUUUGCAACACCCGAGCAACUACGGCGAUGAGCAGUGUAUUGAGCCUUUGGAAGUUCCAGUUCCCGAAUCGCCAUAUCCUGCAACUGGAAACCUGUCUGAUUUCAUGUUCGGUGUGUCGACCACGUUCAAGAGAUUCAGCUCCGAGAAGACUAGUCCAGUGAAUGAAUGGACAUACUGGUUAACCGAUGGCAAGGGUCACUCCAAUGGUGGCAAGUUGAUCCUCUUGCUCCUGGAUGCAACCGAGGAUCAGAUCCUGCAUGCUAAGACGAUACUGCACCACGCCGGAAUUGAUGUUGAUGUCUACCACUCGGAUUCGUCGAUGGAGAUGGCCGUCCGUUAUCUUACACUUAUCCCGACUUUAUACAACCACCCGGAGCGAGCAUCAAAGAAAUGGCUUGUGUCGUGUGAUGAUGACACUUUUUUCCCUAGUGUCCACGCGCUCACCAAAAAGUUUGAGGACUACGAUCCCAACGAAAUGCUUUACAUCGGGACAUUAUCCGAGGAUGUCAACAAUGUUGACCGUCAUGGUUCGCAAGCUUUUGGAGGUGCUGGUGUAUUUCUCUCGGUACCACUAGCUGAGCAGAUCGCUAAGAACUACGACAGCUGCAAGACGGAGGAGAAGGUCCAUGAAUCGAACUCUGGCUGGGGUCCUCAGGGUGAUAUUUUACUCCGCAAGUGCAUCUACGAAAACACAGAUGUUCGUCUAUCUAUCCUUCGUGGUCUCUACCAGCUUGAUCUGUAUGGCGACCCAUCUGGUUUCUACGAGUCUGGUAUUAAGCCCAUCUCUCUCCACCACUUCAAGGGUGGCGGGUGGCACUCGGCUCUGCCUUGGGAGUACACUAAGAUUGCCCAUAUCUGUGGUGAGGACUGUACGCUUCAGCGGUUCCGUACUAGCGAUAACUUCAUCAUCUCGACUGGCUUCAGUGUUGCUCAUUACCCCCACGGCAUCGACUUCAACCUCGCUCAGAUGGAACGAACGUUUGCAGCCGCCCCUCAAGAUAAGGGGUGGAAUUUGGACUACGUUUUUGACCCGCAGCGCCCUAGUCUUUUGAAGACAGGUCGUAAAGUUAGUUGGGAUCUCCAGGAAGCGCGCCUUAAUGAGGACAACACCGUUACCCACGUCUACGUACGAAAGGCCAAUGAUUGGAGAUGGGUUGAGCGAAACGGUGAUCCCAUGUCUCAUGUCGAUGGCAUAAUUGAGCUUAUCUGGGUCCCGUAGAGACAUCACGUAACAGGUGGUGAACGAUCUAAUGAUAUUUACACGAUGGGAUAGGAACAGGCAAACGUUUCCAUUCACCUACUGGGAGAAGGCCAGAUUGGGAACU